AUGGGUCGCAAGAAGAAGAAGCUGUCUAAACCAUGGUGCUGGUAUUGCAACCGGGAAUUCGAGGAUGAGAAAAUCCUCAUCCAACACCAGAAAGCCAAGCAUUUCAAGUGUCACAUAUGUCAUAAAAAAUUGUACACAGGUCCCGGACUCUCCAUACAUUGUAUGCAAGUCCACAAGGAAACGAUAGAUAAGGUCCCCAACUCGUUGCCAAAUCGUUCCAAUGUAGAUAUUGAAAUAUAUGGCAUGGAAGGCAUACCAGCAGCAGAUUUGAGGGAGCACGAAAGACAGAAACAGGGCAGUAGACCCACCACCAAUGAUUCUGGCUCAGAUGAUGAUGAGCCUGCCACCAAGAGGCCCAAGCCGGAGGGGCUGCUGGGGAAUGCCCCAGGGGUCAUGCAAGGCAUGCCCCCUGGGAUGGUACCUGGCAUGAUGCCCCCUCCAGGUAUGGCCCCAGGGAUGCAGAUGGGCCACAUGAUGCAGAUGGCCCAAAUGGGGUCACAUUUCAUGCAUCACCCUGGGAUGCACAUGAUGCCUCCGCAUAUGCAGGCAAUGAUGCAGGGGCAAGGGGGCCCCCCUAAGCCUCUGUUUCCUAGUGCAAUACCCACUUCGUCGCCCGGUGGUCCCGGAGCCCCUAUCGUAGGGGCCGAUUUCAAACCGAUAUCAUCAGCCGCCACCAUAAGUGCUCCCCCCACCACCAACACUCCCGGGGGCAGCGGCGGGGACGGCAAAAGCAACACCAUCGCCACCUCCAGCGCCACCAGCAAGAUAAUCCACCCCGCAGAGGACGUGUCUUUGGAGGAGUUGAGGGCGAGGCAUCCGAGAUACUCGAGGAAUGUGCCCUCGAAAGUCGACGAGGCGGCUGCCAGUUCGAGCCAAGCAGCUUCGGAGCUGGCGAUAGCCGUAUCGGCGGCCCAACAAGCCGCCGCUCACCACCAACAGAAACAAGUCGAUGCGAUGAACCAACACCACGCCGCCAUGAUGCAGCAGCGCUUCCCGAUCCGCGUCACCGCCGGCCCACCCCUCAUGACCAUGUCGGCACCCAUGAUGGCGCCCAUGCGCCAGAUGAUGCCGCCUACGUUGAUCGGGGGGCCGCUGAUGCGGCCGCCGCAACUCUCGAUGCCGCCGGGUAUGCUGGGUAUGCCGCCUGGUAUGGUUUAUGGUGCACCCAUGUUUCCCACAGGACCUGUCUUGAUGCAACCACGUUUUAGAUGA